UACUAAUUGUAUUCCCAUUAUUUUGUUAUUUCGAAAACAAAUGAAGAAACCGGACAUUCGGUUCGUAACAAACCGUAGAAAUGAGAUAACAUAUUGCCUAAAGCUAUGAAGUAGCGCCGCCUCCGUGGGCUGAAUCUUAGCUCCGGUUCUUACAGGUAAGAUUUAAUGGGCGUCUGGCACUACAUUACCGGAGUCUCACCUGGAGUACAGCAUCUUCCAGAUAUACUGAAUGCGCUGUAUUUACCACAGUUAACUGACUACUGUAACACCAGCAACAGGGUGCAGCAUGACCUGGAAUAAUUUCUUCGGAAAGUUUCAGAUGUUUUUACCGCAUCAUAAGUACAAACGGCUCAGCCAAGAGGCGACAGAGCAGACGGAGAAUGGAGAUGCCUUUAAGCUGUGCGUGUCUGGAAAAGAGGAUUCCUUCUGCACCGUCUCUGUGAAAGAUGCCAGCCUCAGCGACGCGGGGAAGCUGGCCAAGGAUUUGCAGGUGGAUAUAGAGAAAGGUCUGUCCGAGUCCUGUGUUCUUCAGAGGAGACAGCACUAUGGCUGGAAUGAAUUCAAUGGGGAGAGCAAGAUGCCAGUUUGGAUGAAAUACCUGAGCCAGUUUAAGAACCCUCUGAUUCUCCUGUUGCUGGGCUCUGCUGGAGUUAGCAUCAUUACCAGGGAGUACGAAGAUGCUGUCAGCAUAGCUGUGGCUGUCCUCAUCGUGGUCACGGUGGCAUUUCUACAGGAGUACCGUUCCGAGAAGUCACUAGAGGAAUUGAACAAGCUGGUUCCCCCUGAAUGUAACUGUGUCCGAGAUGGCACAGUGGAGAGAAGGCUGGCUCGUGAGCUGGUGCCUGGAGACCUCGUGUGCUUGUCUGUUGGCGACAGGGUUCCAGCAGACGUCAGGCUCAUUGAGGCUAUUGAUCUCCUCGUGGACGAGUCCAAUUUUACAGGGGAGGUGGAGCCCUGCAUUAAGACAGACAGCACCCUGUCGGAGAGUGAGGAGCCUACCUCUCUCCCCAACAUCGCUUUCAUGGGCACACUGGUGUGUCAUGGAAGGGGCCGGGGACUCGUUAUUAGCACCGGAGAGAAAUCUCAGUUUGGCGAAGUGUUUAAACUGAUGCAGAUGGAGGAGACUCCAAAGACCCCACUCCAGAAAAACAUGGACACACUUGGAAAACAGCUGUCCAUCUUCUCGUUUGGAAUUAUUGGCAUCAUCAUGCUUAUUGGAUGGGUGCAAGGGAAGCCCCUGCUCAACAUCUUCACCAUCGGAGUCAGUCUGGCAGUUGCAGCUAUCCCAGAAGGCCUUCCCAUUGUCGUCACAGUGACGCUAGCACUAGGAGUGAUGCGAAUGGCUAAGAAGAAAGUAAUUGUGAAGAAGCUGCCAAUUGUGGAAACUCUGGGCUGCUGCAAUGUUAUCUGUUCUGAUAAAACUGGCACCCUAACAGCUAAUGAAAUGACUGUUACCCGGCUUUUCACUUCCGAUGGAAUGCAUGCAGAGGUAACAGGAAUAGGAUAUAACGGAGACGGGAAGGUUUGUCUCGUGCCAAGCGGGGAGCUUGUGAGUGGUUUUAACAAAGCCUCUGUAGGAAAACUGGUGCAGGCGGCCUGCAUAUGCAAUAAUGCUGUGAUGAAAGAGGGCGCUCUCAUAGGGCAGCCCACGGAAGGAGCUCUCCUUGCGCUGGCUAUGAAAAUGGGGAUAGAGUCUGUGAAAGAAGACUAUAUCAGGAAAAAAGAGUUGCCCUUUAGCUCUGAACAGAGGUGGAUGGCCGUUAGGUGUGCCAGCAAAAAUCAGGAGUCAGAGGAGCUGUAUUUUAUGAAAGGGGCGUUAGAGGGGGUGAUAGAGCACUGCAGCAGCUACAGCCAAGGGGGGGUCUCCCUGCCACUCACCCCCCCGAUGAGAGCUGUUUACGUGCAGGAGGAGAAGAGUCUUGGGGCUCUGGGGCUGAGAGUGCUGUCUCUGGCUUCUGGACUAGAGCUCGGCCAGCUGACCUUCCUGGGUUUGAUCGCGAUGACAGACCCCCCGAGAGAGGGCGUCAGAGAGGCCGUCCUCACCUUGCGAAGGUCAGGGGUGGAAGUGAAGAUGAUCACCGGAGAUGCUCUGGAAACUGCUCUAUCCAUAGGGGAAAGCAUAGGCAUCGACAGUCGCUUGGGAGCGCUGGCAGGCACGGAGCUGGACAGGCUGACCGACUCUGAGCUCGCCUCUAAGGUUAACAAGGUUUCUGUGUUCUACAGGACAAGCCCAAAGCACAAAUUAAAAAUAGUCAAGGCAUUGCAGAGUCAUGGAGCUAUCGUGGGAAUGACGGGUGAUGGCGUGAAUGACGCCAUUGCCCUCAAGUCAGCUGACAUCGGGGUGGCAAUGGGGCGCACAGGGACGGACGUCAGUAAGGAGGCAGCCGACAUGAUCCUGAUGGACGACAGCUUCUCCACAAUCAUAUGUGCCAUUGAAGAAGGAAAAGGAAUAUUUUACAACAUUAAAAAUUUUGUCAGGUUUCAGCUCAGCACGAGUAUUGCAGCUCUUAGUCUGAUCACACUGUCCACGUUGUUUAAUUUGCCAAAUCCGCUCAAUGCCAUGCAGAUCCUGUGGAUUAACAUCAUCAUGGAUGGUCCUCCUGCCCAAAGUCUGGGGGUGGAGCCUAUUCACAAAGAUGCCAUCAAGCAUCGUCCCAGGAGCAUGGAAGACUCCAUCCUGAGCAGAAGCCUUAUCCUGAAAAUCCUGAUCUCUGCAUCCCUCAUCAUCACUGGAACGCUGUUUAUCUUCUGGAAAGAGAUGACUGAUGGCAAAGUUACCUCACGCACCACAACGAUGACAUUCACAUGUUUUGUCUUCUUCGACAUGUUCAACGCUCUGACUUGUCGAUCCGAGUCCAGCCUGAUUUUUGAGGUGGGGCUUUUCCAGAAUCGCCCUUUCCUGUGUGCAGUGAUAGGCUCCAUCCUGGGACAACUAGCAGUUAUUUACAUUCCUCCGCUACAGAGGGUCUUCCAGACAGAGAGCCUGUUGGCAGCAGACCUGUUGCUGCUGACUGCAAUGGCCUCCUCUGUCUUCAUUGUGUCAGAACUGGUGAAGCUGCUGGAGAGAUGUCUAAUCAAAUGCAGAAGGAAGAAAGACCGCAGAGGCAGAGAUGUGUUAUCCAGUUAGUUUUAGAGUUGUUGUUUUUUUCAGUUUUUCCCAAUUUGCAAGUUUUACGAAGCUCAGUAUAAGCUCACAGAAAGACUGUGGUGUUUUGUAAAGGCACAAGUUUGCUUUGGUUUUGAAAGAAUAUAGGAAUCACUGCUUGGUAAUAAUAUAGAUGUGCUUAACACAGGGUAGUGUCAUCUUUUUCCUACCUAUGUGCAGACAAUUGUACGGAUUCCAUCCCUCUCCUGGCACAGAAUCAGAAUCAAUCCCUAAAGCAAGGGUUUACAGACACUUCUGUAGUGUGAAGGCUGUGGGUGCUCUAUCUGUUCUCAAUGGAGCUGAGAUUCAGUGGGGCUCAUACUUUCUUUGAAAUAUGGAGUCGCCAAUUGUUGUCGAGGUUGGCGCACUGCUGCACUCUCUGCACAAGCAUGAGAAGGAAGAAGGACAGAUGUAUGCCCCUCCGAAAAGCCCGCUGUGAAAACUGCUCACAGGACAGCAGGCUUUGUCUGGAGGAGUGAUGGUAUUACACUGGCCACACUGUAAGCUCACAAACAAGACCCAACCCCAGCGAGCCAACACAUUCAACUCUAGUGAUGGUGGGAAAAGCUUAUGCCAAAGCCUGGAGAGUCCUGGCCCCAUUCAUUAAUAGCACAGCCCAGACACAAACUAGCACUGUCAGGACUAAUGCAAUCCAGGUGAGGGCCUUGACUGGAACAGCCACUCCGAAUCCCCUGCCAACGGUACAGUUCUGAUGUUAUCAAAAUGAACAUUGUUUUUCUAAAAAUUCUAUUAAUGCCAAAUUAAAGUUAUGUGUUUUACAUAUGCCCAUGUAUUUCCUCUGCUGCUCACUUACUGCCACACAAUUAGAGCAUAGGGAUCGUUUGCAAGUGCAGUAUUUGUAAUAGCAUCUCCAUGCGUUUAUACUGUAUGUCCAGGAUAAGGUCUUGAGAUGGCCUGUGUUAAUCACUACCUCCAAACAGCAUUAAUGGCCAUUCACUUGAAGGAUGUAAAUAAAAACUUUGUACAAAAUAAA